AUGCUUAAAUCCUUAUUUUAUUUCAUCUUGCUAAUUGGUUCAAGCAUAGCGUUGAUGGAAUACUCCGGUCAACUCAUUUGCGGAGCAAAGCCAGCAGGCGGAAAUAUUGUCGAGUUGUGGAUGGAAGCUGAUAAAGCCUGCUCUGAUUCUCAAUUGGAUGAAGUUGUGACAGAUCCUAGAGGAAACUAUCUACUCGGUGAUGAAGGACAGCAGUCUCAUCGCAAGCGAUACAUUCUAGUGAAGCAUGCUUGUGAAAGUGCUCAGAGUCAGGAAGGACUACGAGUUUCACAAUAUGAUGUACAUCCAUUCAUACCCCAAGCAAUUAACCUGGUAACAGAAACAUCAAAUGAGCGUCGUAUCCGUUUAUCUUAA